AUGCUAAUUGACCUUGCGUCGGUUUUCAUCGGCUUGUACGGCGCAUACACCAACAUGGUGACCGUCGAGCUCCCCCCGCACCUCAAACAGGCAGGCCACACCCAGUUCCUCACCAACCUAUCCUUGCUCUACUCCAUCUCCGUGUUUGCCUUGGGGUUCGUCGCGCACUUGACCGGCUCGCCCACGUUGUUCACCAUCAAGAACAACAUCCACCCCAUCGGCCUCGCGUUGGAGGUCAUCGUCGCGGGAGUCUAUUGGCCGCUCCGGCUCUUUUUUCUCGAGCUUCUAACGAAGGACCCGCUGAACUUCCAGCUUUCGCUCGCGACGGACUUGUCGAUCCACUUGAUGCCCGUGGUGUCCUUGUUGGUGGACUAUCUCGUGUUUAUGCCGCGAUGGACCAUCAGCAACAACACGGCGCUCUUUUUCGUGGUGUUGCUCACGGUGUUGUACUGGUUCUUGCUCCGGUACCUCGUGGACGUCGACCACGGCGCGAGCUACCCUUACGCCUUCAUGGACGUGGAGCGCGAUUCGCAGCGCGUCGCGGUCUUUGUCGCCGUGGCGCUCGUGGCGUUUGCCCUGUUUUUGUACAUGCGGAAGGUCUAUGACUGGGUCGUGGGUGUCACUGAGGAGUACUCAGCUGAGAUCGACAAGAAGUUGAAGUAG